AUGGCUGUGCCCGUGUCGUCCACGCGUCUCGUUUUCUGCAGGAAACUCGCGGCGGCCAUCUGCGUACAGCUGCAAAUAGAUCGUCGUUCUAGUGGUACUACACCAAGGGACCUGGAGUGCAUGCUAUGUGAUGAAACGGCAGAGCCCAAGGCUCUGCCACUGUCGCUCCUUCAAGAAAUCACAGGUGAUUUCUCUGAUGAGCAGGAAAUUGGCAGAGGUGGAUUUGCGGUGGUUUAUCAGGGAAAGCUUGAGAACAGGACUGUGGCCGUGAAGAGGAUGUCCAAUACGUAUAUGUACGAGAAGGAGUUCCAGCGAGAAGUUCAAUGUCUGAUGAUAGUGAAGCACAAAAAUGUAGUACGGUUUCUGGGAUAUUGUGCUGACACGCAAGGGAGUAUGGAGAAGUACGAUGGAAAAUUCGUCAUGGCGGAUGUACAACAAAGAUUGCUUUGCUUCGAAUAUCUUCCUAAAGGGAGUCUGCAUGAGUAUAUCACUGAUUCAUCUAGCGGACUUCAGUGGAGGGACAGGUAUCGUAUUAUUAAAGGAGUUUGUCAAGGGUUGCACCAUCUUCAUCAGCAAAAUAUUGUCCACUUAGAUCUAAAGCCCGCGAAUAUAUUGUUGGAUGAUAAUUUUGUGGCAAAAAUUGCUGAUUUCGGUCUAUCAAGGUGCUUUGAUGAAAUGCAAAGCCGGGUUAUUACUGUGAAGAUAGGUGGAACGGGAUAUUUGGCACCAGAAUUUGGUAACGGUGAAAUCACGUACCAGUUUGAUAUCUACAGUCUUGGUGUAAUAAUCACAGAGAUACUCACCGGGAAGAAGGGGUACCACGCCGUUGACAAUGUUGUUGGAAGUUGGAGUAACGUGAUGGAGAAAUCACGUAGAGAUGUACAGCUGGAACAGGUUCGAGUAUGUGCUGAGAUAGGAAUAGAGUGCACCAACUUCAACCCGGCAAACAGACCAGAUAUGCAAUAUGUAAUCAAUAGACUUGCUGAAACAGAAACUAUCGACAGAUAUAUCGAAACUGGUGUGAUUACUUCACACCUAGCUGAACAUGCUCCAAAUGAACUUCGUCCAGAUACGCCUAACACAGCAGGAGAGGCAAGCUCAGAGAUGUUGAAUGCAAAGGUUCACAUAUUGAAUGAGACGAUGCGUUCUAUUUGGCUGAGCUAUCAACUGCUUAAUCCAGAUAUCAGACGAUGCUUAGAAUACUGCAGUAUUUUCCCUAGAAGAUGCAAGUUGAGAAGGAAUCAGUUAGUCGCUUUGUGGAUAGCGCAAGGGUUUGUAAAGACCAGUUGUGCAACAGAGGACAUGGAAGAUGUGGCUGAGGGAUACAUUCAAGAGUUAGUGUCAUGCUCAUUUCUACAACCACAACAUUCUUGGGAUAAGAUUGGUUGUUUCACAAUUCAUGAUGUGGUGCAUGGUUUAUUAGACAAGGUCGCUCGAAAUUGCUUCAGAAUCGAAAAUGCAGAUUGCCAGGGAGAAGAAGGAUGGAACGGAGAUGUCCCUCGAGAUGUCCAGCAUCUCUUUGUUGAGAAAUAUGAUACAGAGUUGAUUACCGGGAAGAUCCUUGGAUUGGAAAAUUUGUGCACUCUCAUUGUUUAUGGUGUUGAAGAGGAUACAAUAGUUGAGGAAAGAGUGAUUGAGAGUAUAUGCAAGAGGCUGCUGAAAUUGCGGGUGCUUGCGAUUGCUUUCAGCCAGGAACAUGUUGCAAUCAAGACCAAGGUAUGCAACAAGUUCUCGCAACUUCCUAACAUAGGCGGGUUGAUAUCACUCCAGACACUCGGAGACUUCGAAGUAAGCAACAAACAAGGGUACAAGAUAAAACAGCUGAGGGAUCUAAACAAGCUUCGUGGCUGCCUGUGCAUCAAAGGCCUUGAAGAUGUUAGAAGCAAGGAGGAAGCUCUUGAAGCCAAUCUAGCUGCCAAGGAACGGCUCACGAAACUGGAACUGCGGUGGCAUGGUAGUGCUGAUAGGUUAUUUUUGAAAAAGGAUCGGUGCAGUCCAGAAGUUGAAGCAGAGGUACUUGAGGGCCUGUGCCCUCCCUUAGGACUUGAAAAACUGGAAAUAUGGAACUAUCACGGUACGAGGUACCCAGAUUGGAUGGUGGGUAAGCAGAACGGUGGCCUGCAAGAACUUGUGUUGUGGGAUUGGGGACAACUGGGGCCUGCUCCUCAGCUUGUUGAGUGUUUCCCACAUCUUCAUGUGCUAAAGCUUUGGAACUGCAGCUGGUACGCCUUACCAGGAAAUAUGGAGCACCUCACAUCGCUCAGGGAACUGGUGGUUAGUUCAUGCCCGAAUAUCCGUUCGCUUCCAACAUUGCCCCAGUCUCUCGAGGGGCUUCGUCUAGCAUACUUGGAUGAUGACUUCAUAGAGUCCUGCCAAACAGUCGGACAUCCAAACUGGCAAAAGAUUGAGCACGAAGGCAAUGUAGGACGUAGGACAGUUAUGUGUUUUGCGGUGAAAAAUACAGUUUGUUCAACUGCAAGGGAAGCAAACGAGUAG